AUGAUGAGAAGCGCACUCCGAGAACGAUUUUCAAAAGAAUGGUUCGCUAAAGAAGGCGUGUGUGCGAGCGUGUUGGGCGUAGACGGAGCCGUGAAUUGGUUACUGAAACAAAAAGAUUUUAACGACGACGACGACAGAAAACAAGUCAACGAACUCGAACUGCUUUCAAUCACACCUUUCGACUAUUGCUUGCGCAUUGCUGCGAAUGUAAUUCCAAAUCCAAUCAAUGAGUCCAUGCAAAAGUAUUUCUUCCGAGAAGGAGAGCGAGGAAGAGCGUCGAGCGAGGAGGAGUUUUUUGUCGCCCAUUUGCCGAGAGCCGAUGAGCUCGAUUGGCAAAACGAAGAUUGCGUAUCUAUUAUGGCUGGAGCGGACAGAAUCAAAGACGGUUUGCCGGGACACGUACUAAUCGUACCGAAAAACGGCUCGAAACAUUGGAAAUUCGGAAACAUCACGUUGUUCCUCUUUCACGCGAGAAAAGGCAGGAAGGAGAAGAUGGCGAUAGAAUUUCUCGAGCGGUUGCGUAGAAGUUGCAUUCGUUACGCUUUCAAUCGCGGUUGGACGCGUAUAGGCAUCUAUUUUCGCCCAUGGGGAAAUGAUAAUUGCGACAGCGACAGCAACAGCAACUUUAGCAACAGAAACGAGGGAAUCGAAAAAAUCAUGCGAGCACACGUCGUGAACCUCGCGCGGGCCGGACCUGGUCUUUCGAACACGAGGUGGAAAAACUUGACUCUAGACGACGCCAUCGAGGUUCUCGGCGGCAGGAGAAGAAUCGCGAGUGGACGCGCGAUAGACGUCAAGCAAGAGCAUAGAAGAAACGAAAGAUUAGUAGACGUAGAGCACAUCGUAGAAGUAGUAGAAGUAGUAGAAGUAGCAGAAGAAGAAAGGGAGUCGCAUUCGUCGUCGGUAUCGCCGCAACUACCUCCUUCAAUCAAAAAAUUAGAUCGAAAAGUGAACACGGAAAUUCGUCAACUUCGGAGUAAACAUACGCAAGUUUCCGACGGAGAAGAAGGUCGAGGGUAA